AUGGAGAGAUUCGUCGCCGAAUCAGAUGCUUACCGACAGCAAUCUGUCCAAGAUCUCCUCACUCUCAAGGGCAAAACAGUGGUGGUCACAGGCGGUGCGCGUGGUCUCGGCCUAGCUAUUGCUCGUGGUUGUGCAGAAUUAGGAGCGAACGUCGCCGCACUCGAUGUCCUCACUGAACCCGCCGCCGAUUUUCCAGAUAUCGGUAACGACCUGAGUGUCAAGGCCCAGUAUUACAGCGUCGAUGUAAGUGACCAUGAUGCCUUGCGAUCGACGUUCGAAGCCGUCACACGCCAGUUUGGUAGCAUCGACUGUCUAGUCACAGCGGCAGGUAUUGGGAUGGGUGGACCGCUGGUAAGCUACGAGAAAGCUGCCAUCGACAAGAUCAUUGCUAUCAAUGUUACCGGGACGAUCUUGAGUUCUCAGCUCGCCGUCCAACAGAUGAUGAAGCAAGGUACAGGUGGUGCAAUUGUGCAUAUCUCAUCGAUUGGGGGCCAUGGAGGAAUCCCAGGACAGACCAACUCCAUAUACUGCGCGUCGAAAGGCGCCGUGCUGGCCUUCACCAAAUCACUGGCAGUCGAACUUGCCGAAAGCAACAUCCGUGUCAACAGCGUCAGUCCCGGAUUCUUUUUGACCAACAUGACCCCUGGGUAUCUCAAACAAGAUGUCGCAUUGCUGGAAAAGUUUGAGAAGUCGAUGCCUAUGAAACGAUUUGCAGACCGGUCUGAGCUGAAGAGCACAGUGGCAUUCCUGCUGAGUCCCGCUAGUUCCUAUGUCACCGGCCAGGAUCUAGCCGUCGAUGGUGGGAUAUUGGCAUGCUAG